AUGGAGGGCGGAGUAGACAUGGAUGAGAGGGUCGAGACUCCACCCAGUGCCGAGAGGCAGGAACCAGUCGCAGAAGAAGAGCAAGAAGAGGGGAACAAGUUCCAAAAGGCGAUCGGCGCAUGGAGAAACAUCGACCUCACCACUCUCAUUCCGCAGCUCGACACGGUAGCCUCGGAUCUUGUCGCACACCAAAGAGACACUCUCACCCAAAGGAAGGACCUCGCGCAGAAGACCAAAGACUUUCGGAAACUCGACGAUGCAAGCAAGCUCAGCGACAUCAAGGGCCUCUUGAAGUCAUACCAGAAUUUCAUUGAUCUUAUAUCCAACCAGUCCAAGACGGUACAGGCUGCCUUCUUCCAAGUCUACUCGCCGCUCUCUGAAGCACCCGACCCAUAUCCUCUCCUCGAAGCCUCCGUCGACUCGCUUGUGACCUCCGAAGAACUCGUGCCAAAGCUCACGUCUGAGAACGAGCGCCUACAGAAAACGGUGGCGAAACUCACCACACAACUCGACGAUUCAGACAAGAAGUUGGAGGAGGAGCGGACGGCACGGAAAGCCCUCGAGGACAGCCGAGACAGCAAGAUCAAAGACGUGGAAGCGUCAUGGUCGGCUGUGCUGAACGAGAAGCAGGACAACUGGGAGUCAAAGGAGAAGAGCCUGGAAGAGAAGGUCGAGAACCAGGACCGACUGUUGAAGGAGCUCAAGGCCAGUUACGAGGUCUCACAGCGACUGGGUCAGGGUGAAGCGUCUGAAGAAGAAGGCGGUCGCGGUGCUACUGCGGCGGAGCUUGAGAUCGUUAGCUCAGAGCUCGAGCGAACAAGCCACCGACUGGCAGAAAUCACAGCACGGAACGAGCAACUACGCCUCGAGUUGGCCCAGUCUGCAUCUGCGCCAACGCAACAGGUUGCGGUUGAAGACGAUCCGGCCUUCCUGCGAUUACGAUCCGAGAACUCAUCACUCCUGCGAAAGCUCGAGAAUGCGCGCUUCGAAAAGGACUCCGAACGAACACGGCUCGAGACAGAGACACGAAGCUUGGAACGGGAGAUCAAGUCGCUGAGGAGUGAAAAGGAGGCUCUUCGCGAGAAGGUGCAGAAAUGGGGCGACUAUGAGAACGUGAAGCAGGAGUUGGAAGUGCUAAAGUCAAUCGAAUUCGCAACAGGCGAUGACGACGACGAAGCCACCGAGAUCGCCCUCUCGCAGAACAGCACAUCCGGCAAGGGCAAAGGCGAAACACUGGAGCAGCUCCUACUCGCUCGCAACAAGAAGCUCAGUAACGAGCUCACCGUUAUGCGCGUCUCACACCAAGACCUGCACAGCAGGCUAGAAGCUCUACAAGAAGAGCUCUCAAACACAAACAUGGACCUAGAAAAGUCACGCCAACUCAACGAGACUCUAGAAGCCGAUCUGGAGAAAGUCCAACAAGAAGCCACAAACGCCUUCGACCCGUCAGGCAUGUCCGUUGCAGGAACCUACGUAUCGCGUUACCCGCAAUCUUCCUUCGGCGGAGGACGACGAGGCCGCUCAUCACCCACAUCCUCCAUAAUCUCCGGCUUCGACAACUCGUCGCAAGCACCCACCCUAGCCUCUCUACGUGCCGGAGGAGGAGGAGGAGGAGAACCCAUGGGCGGCGGCUCCGGCAUCCUCCCCAUGAUAACCGCCCAACGCGACCGCUUCAAGAAGCGCAACUCGGAGCUCGAAGCCGAACUGCAAAAGUCGUACCAAACCGUCUCCUCCCUCAGAAGCGAGAUAGGCGCGCUACAAAAAGACAACCUAGACCUCUACGAGAAAACUAGAUAUGUGAGCAGUUACAACGCAGUCAACAGAGGCCCCGCCUCCAGCGCCUCAAGUUACGGCGCAAACCCCAAUCCCUCGGCCAUCAACAUCGAUUCCGGAGGCACAGGUGGGUCAACAGUCGACACCAAAUACCGCUCAGCCUACGAGUCAAACCUCAGUCCGUUCGCUGCGUUCCGGGGCCGCGAGAGCGCUCGCGCAAUGAAGCGCAUGCACCUCUUUGAACGCAUGGUUCUGCGCGUUACUAAAUUUGUGCUUCAGACGAGGACGAGUCGGAAUAUCUUUGCGGGGUACCUGCUUGCGCUGCAUUUUAUGGUGUUUUAUUUCUUGUUUAGCUUUGAGGCGGGGGCUGCUGGGGGCGCGGCGGUUGUGGCGGGGCCGAGUGUGCCUGGUGGACCGGUUCCUGGGCCUGAGGACCCCGGGGUGUGGCAUAAUGAGGAUGAUGGGACUAGUUGA